AUGUCAUACCUAGGCAGCGGCCGGCAAAACCUGUUGCCUAGGAAAGCAAAAUCUUUAUCACACUUCAAUGUCACGCAAAAACUUCACAAAAUGGGCACUGAAUUAGCCGACACUACUGAUAGAACAUCGAAACCGACGGAAGACAGCAAGCAGCAACCCCCAGAGAACGGCGGCGCCGAAGAGAAGGAGAAAAAACCGGAGGCGAUAGCGCUGCAACAACCAGUAGUGCCGCAAUGUCAUGAUGCAAAACAUGCAUCUGCAGUGUCUAGAUCACCGAGCGGACCCCGAAUAACAUCCGCAGACAAUCAUCAAAGGUCUACAGACGGUUCCGGGCUGAUUCAUCCGAAGAAAUCCAGCAGCUUCGUGGAGAACAAACCUAAAUUCUCAUCUGAACGUCUCAUGCAACUCAAACGUAUGACGGAAAUAGCCGUCAGGGAUCACAAAGUUUUCACCAUAAGAGGCGGCUGGCCGGUCAUACGAAGAGAACUGUUAAAGAGGAACUGGUUGGAGAAAAUCGAGCCGGCCGUAAAACCCAAAUUCAAUACAAUUGAAGAUGUGGUCAGCAACAUACCGAUUAAACAAGAUUGGGAAUCCACUCAAACGUACGAAGAGAAAAUCGAGAAAAUGAUAAUAUCCAGACUGCUGCAAAGCUACGAUGUCGAUUUCUAUUGGAGCAUGCGAAAGGAACAAUGCGAUAUCCAGCAGCGCGCCAAUCCCUUCAAAUUGAUCAACCGCUUCAGCAGAUCCUUGUUCGCAUCCAAGGAGGGAUUGGCCUUGCUCCUGCAGCAGUCCUAUUGGUACAACGAAACCGGUGUGGCUGCCGUCAGUUUCCCCAGAACUUACGUUUUAGGGUUCCCUGAUCACUACAAUUUUUUCGUGGAAGAUUUCCGUCUAACGGCCUGUAUAGGUCUAUUGAAAUGGUUUGUCGAGGUUUUCGAGAAAGGAGGCAAGGCGAAUAUUCAAUCGAUCGAAGGCAGAAUUCCCUAUGCUAGCUUACAAUUCGCUCUCGACAGGUGCAACGAUUUCGUUGCAAAGAAGAAGCACCUGGACAUCGACCGAGAUUUUCCUCAAGUGUGGGAUCACGAAUGGGACCAGUUUCUAAAGAACUACUACAAUCUAUUGCAUGAAGACGGUUUAUUUAGCGAUUUUACGGAAUCGCUAACUAAUGCGUAUGGGUUUCAAUGCAUCAAGCAGGGAGUUUAUAGACUAUUAGCUGAACAAUGCACUACUAGAGCGGUGUCGACAAAAAACCUGGUCGCUAAUGUUAAGGCUACUUUAAAGGACGUUAAAUUAGUGUGGCCCCAAUACGACAUCGACGGUAUGAAGAACAUAUGGAUCUUGAAGCCGGGCAACAAGUGUCGCGGCAGAGGCAUCCACUUGGUCAGGAGCGUCUCGGACGUUGACAGAGUGAUGAACCUCAAGAUGAAGUACGUCGUUCAAAAGUACAUAGAGCGACCGAUGAUUAUCUACAAAACGAAAUUCGACAUUCGACAGUGGUUUCUGGUUACGUGCGUUCAGCCUUUAACGAUUUGGAUAUACAGGGACAGCUACCUGAGAUUCAGCGGCCAGAUAUUCAGCUUGGAAAACUUCCACGAAUCCCUGCACCUGACCAAUCACGCGGUGCAGUGCAAGUACACUCCCAUGGAACAACGGGACAAGGCCCUGCCUACGGACAACAUGUGGGAUUGCAACACGUUCAAGGCGUAUUUGAAGCAGAUGGGCUGCUUGGAGAAAUGGAACGAAGUUAUCUUUCCAGGUAUGGCGCAAAGUAUAACGUGCGCCAUGUUGGCCAGCCAAGAUACGAUGGAUAAAAGGCAAAAUACAUUCGAAAUGUACGGCGCUGAUUUUAUGUUGGGAGAAGAUUGCACUCCGUGGUUGUUAGAGAUCAAUUGCAGUCCGGAUUUGUCGUUUUCGACCAGCGUCACCAGCAGGCUGUGUCCCCAAUGCAUGGAAGACAUCAUCAAAGUUGUGGUGGAUAAGAGAAGAGAUAUAAACGCCAGCACCGGCCUCUUUGAACUGAUCUACAAGCAAAACUAUCCGAGAGCUCCCCCCUAUCUCGGAUUGAACUUGUCAGUUAGAGGCAGGAAGAUCUUCAAAACGAAAUCGAAAUCGAAUCACCGAGAAAAGGGCGACAAGGAAAAGGCGCUGAUGAGGCUUCGCAAGCACGAUUUCGUCAAGUCCGAAUUUAUGAGGGACAAUAACAUAGCGAAGCUGCUCCCAUUGCCGAAGCUGAUCUGUUCGAACGAUUACAGCGGCCCGGUGAUAUCGGACUUUAUCGAGGAAAUCCAAAAAGUGGCGACGGAACGCGUUUGCGGCGUCGAUUUCAUACCGUCGACCAAAUCGGAUCCGCACCAUCAGAAUUUCAUGAACCAUCAUCACAUCAUCAGUCGCAACGGCAGUUCGAACAACAAGAAAAUCGAUCGGGUAUUGCGCAGUCGCGACGCCGCCGCUGUUACUAAACCGAAAACGACCGACGCUAGUACUCGUCAUUGUCGAAGGCGAAGUGUAAGAGAAAAAAAUAAACCGACGACCAGUCGAAUAACGUGUGGUACGAGUAAUUGGACUAAUCUUAAACUGACGCUAGCAGAUACUGCCAUGUUACUGAAUGGGACCAAGCAAUUAGUCAAAGGAACAAACGUUUUUACUGAUAUUAAUAAAAAUGAUUACAAAUGUCUCAAUUUGCACGUUUUUGACUUGAACGAAAUGCUC